UGCGGUCCAGUACGGUCAUUCCCCUGAUGGCUUUCCGAAUCUUCUUCUUUUGUCUUUGCGAACUUCAUCGUUCAUAGAUGCCAUUUUCGAAUUCCUGUCUCAUUCAGCGGAGUCCAAGAAGCAAGCGAAAUGGACGAAGCUAAGGCAAUGGCUGCUCAACACCAACAACAGCUACUCUUACAACAGCACAAACAGCAACAGCAACAGCAGCAACAAACGCAGCAGCACCAGCAAUUUCUUCUUCUUCAACAAUUGCAAAAACAACAGCAAGCUCAGCAUCAGGCUGCUGCUAUCUCUCGCUUUCCUUCCAAUAUCGAUGCCCAUUUGCGCCCACCGGGUCUUCAUCUCCGCCCUGGAUCCAUUAACCUUCACCAAAACCCUAACCCUAAUCCAACCGCUUCUGUUUCUAAUUUGCAGUCUAACCCUAGUCCCAGUCAACCACCGUCUCAACAAUUGCAGCAACAGCAACAGCAACAACACCAGCUGCAGCUGCAGCAGAGGGCAAUGCGACCUGGGAACCAGGCCGAACUCCAGAUGGCUUAUCAGGACGCUUGGCGCGUUUGCCAUCCUGACAUUAAGCGCCCCUUUGGAUCCCUUGAAGAUGCUUGUGAAAGGUUGCUGCCAUAUCAUGUGGUGGCUGACUAUGAGGCUGAAGAAGAUGAUAGAAUCCUUGACUCUGAUCCAACUGGCCAAAUGCUGUCACGCUCGCAACAGUGGGACCAUAACAUCUCGGCAAAAAUUUCCGAGUUCAUUGCCACUUUUGAGAAACAGGUAUUGGCAUUCAAUAUCAUAACUCGGAAAAGAGCAUUGGGGGAGUUUCGUUCAGAAGAAAGAUUGAUGUUUGAACAAGCCCUUAUGCAAGAAGAGAAACGGAACCUUCAGGAACUGAAAGCUGAGAUUGAGUUGAGAGGGAAAGCAAGUAAAGAGGCUCAUGAUGCCAAAACGCGAAUGGCUGCUAUGAUGCAGACCGAUCAAACACGGAGUGAACCACAGGCUAAUGAAAUGAUGAUUCGAGCUUCCAUGAGAACAGGUGCGCAUGUUGGAUCCCAAAGCAGCGAUGUUCCUGUUGGGGACCAGGAGCAACCUCAUCCAAGUGAAAUGAUCAAUGGAUGGGGAAACAACACACAGGGAGAUGAGAAGGAAGCAUCAGAGGACUUAUUGAAUGAUGAGGAGGCUGAGAAUGGUGACACAGGUAUGCACGAUAGUUGGCGCGAAGUUGGGGAAUUUGAUCUAAAUACGAGAUGAAAGAUGUUAGUGAAGCAGCUUAACAAUGGAAUGGGUCAAAGUCAAGUCAGGUUGGAUGAAGAAUGUUGAGGAUUUAGCUGUUUCCUCCAAUCAAUGCAAAAUGGUUUGUCAACUCAUUAUAAAGAGAGAUGCUCCGUAUUUGAGGAACAACAAUUGAAAGCCGAAAGGCAAUCGUCCAUUGAACUGGAGGAGGACGAUGGUAUACUGGAUCUUUUAGUAGAAAUACAUGUCUUGCUUGUACUUCUGUAUUUGUGACAAAAUUACUACAAUCAGUAUGAUGUGUUAAAAAGAAGAUUUGGAAUGGAAGAAGAAAUUGAGGAGGAAGCUUCCUUAUAUUGUACCCUUGUCUUCACUCUACAUUUAGGGCAACGUCCUCAAAAUCACUGUUUGAGUUGCUUUCACAUUUAGGGAUGCUUCAUGGGCAAAAUGCAAUGUCAACCACACCAACAUGAAUGACUUGAUCC